UGAUGACGAAGAAGAAGAAGACGGCGUCGCCGGAAAACGCCAUUUUGUUGCUAAACCGGAGCAGAGGAGAAGGAUCGAGAAGCGUUAGCAAAGGUCAGGUCUGAAUUUGUUGGACAACCGGUAUUGUUUCCAGACUGCUCUUGCCUUCAGCACAAUCUUAGAACUCGGUGUGCCAAGAUGGGGAAUUUUGCAACCCUGUUCAAAGGAUUUUUUGGCAAGAAAGAGAUGAGAAUCCUGAUGGUAGGACUGGAUGCAGCUGGAAAGACCACCAUCCUGUACAAGCUCAAACUGGGAGAAAUUGUUACCACAAUCCCUACCAUUGGUUUUAAUGUUGAGACAGUAGAAUUCAAGAACAUCAGUUUUACAGUGUGGGAUGUUGGUGGUCAGGACAAAAUCAGGCCACUCUGGAGGCACUACUUCCAAAACACACAGGGCCUCAUCUUUGUAGUGGACAGUAACGACAGGGAACGAAUCAACGAGGCGAAGGAGGAGCUGAUGCGAAUGCUGGCUGAGGAUGAGCUGAGGGAUGCCGUGCUGCUUGUGUUUGCCAACAAACAGGACCUGCCUAAUGCCAUGAAUGCAGCUGAGAUCACGGACAAGCUGGGCCUGCACUCCCUGCGCCAUCGCAACUGGUACAUCCAGGCCACAUGUGCCACUAGUGGAGAUGGUCUCUAUGAGGGUCUGGACUGGCUUUCAACCCAACUGAAAAAUGCGAAAUGAUCCAUAAUGAUUCCCCUGUCCCCGUCCCCGUCCCGUCUGUCAUCUCUGUCUGCAGUGUAAUGGGAAACUGCACUGGUUUUGGUCUCACACUCUCCUCUCUUUUUUUCCCCCUCUCUUUCCUCUGAAGAGUUGGACCUUUGGCCAGUGCUCCCCUGCAUCUGUGUACUGUAUGGGUGUGUUUGGAUGAGUAUUUUCAGAUGACUGAACGCACGUUUUGUAUGUGUGAGCCAAGUGGGAGCAGCCACACUGUGCCUUGAACGCAGUUAACUCUUGAACCCCCCCCGCCCCCAAAAGGUACAGGUUUCCACAAACAAAAGGAAUGGACGACGUGAUGGGAUGUUGAGUCCAGGUGUGGCAUUAAGGCCUUUAUGAUAAUUGUUUAUUCACCCUGCGCAGACACACUAUACCACAGUGUAACCUGUGUCACCUUUCCUAAAAUAAAACUAAUCCAAGAUUUAAAUUUUAACUGUUGCAGCAAACACUGGAUCCUCAUUGAUUCUCUUAUGGUUUCUUUGUUUCAAUUUGUCCAUUUGUCCAAAUCCAAAAAGAUCCUAGAAAAGGCAAUAACCUUUCCAGCACGUAUUUACAUAUGUGGAGCUGUGUGUGUAGCUACAGCGGCAUUGGUGGAUGUGUGUAUCCUCUGGGUGCUGUGUGGGUUUCAGCUACAUCCAGUCCAUUGGAACAAUGAGGCCUUUUUUUCCUUUUUUUUGAGUUGCUCCCACUGGCUUUUUAUUUACUGGUAGUCUUAUUUUCUCUUGUAUGUAGUUCUUUGGGUUAGGGUCUGUUCUCUUAUUUUAUUGUAUUCUUUUUUUAUGUUACUGUACGCACGCGUGACCUGGUUCAGUUUAGCAUGAGCUGACAUGCCAGGUGUGCAGCCUUUUUGAGUGAAAAAUGCUUUCGGGACCAAUUGGUUGGAUUCAGGAACAGCUCAUUGUGUUUUGGCUCAGUUUUGGAUUUGUCCUGUAGAGCAUGAAGUUGCCUUCUCCCGUGUUUUCCAAAGGGCGCACAUGCUCCUUUCAACCACCUUGUCAGCGCUGCGAUAGACGGUACAGUUGCUCUGGCCCACUGUUUGAAUCAGCACUGUAAAUGCCUCCUUAAUGCUUUCAGGCUGUAUGGUGUUUUCCCUGCAUGUAUCCAGGGGUGCUUCCCCCCAGUUGUUAUUUACAUCAUGCCACUCUGAUGCUGUUUGCACAACCUCAUCAGCUUGCACCACACAGGCCUGUGCUAUGACAGCGGUUUAUCCAUCAGCCUUUGCAAUGAUCCCAUAGAUAAUAAUCCUUCCCAUUCCUCUACACCAGCAGACAGUUAAAAUGUGCAAGUGCGAAUGUUACACCAGUCCAGCCAGUAAUAGAAGAGUUUGAUCCCAAUUGCUCUUGCAGUUAAUAAGAAAACAAUCGCACACCCUUGACUGAGUAAAGAUGACUUUAAGGUCAUAAUAUCACACUGACCUCUAAAGGGAAAUUCAUUUCCCCUUUGUUUUUUUUUGUUUUUUUUGUUUUUUUUUAAUGACUGGACAUUAUAGAUGUUUUCUCUGAGAGUUUGAGUCUGAACGACUAAUCUUUUUGGCCUUCUUUGUCCUUACGUUAUGGUAUUUCCUAAACAUGCGUAGAGUUCAUAGAUGUGUUACAUAAUCUGGCAUACAGCAAGAAAUACAAAUGUAUAUAAUAUUCUGUAAGAAAAUGUAUUUUAACUUGACAUCAUCCCACCUACUCUUUGUUCAGAUGUGAAGCUUUAAUUUUCAGGAUUGUUUCUGUACAAAAUGACAAGGUAUGUGCAUAUGUAUUUCUUAAGUACCUUUUAUGCUUUUUUAAACUCAUCUUGUAACAUCUGAUAAAUGCACUAUAAUAAAGAGAUCUCUAUUGUA